GCCGUUGACCCCGCUAUUCGUGAGAUAUAUCAUAGCAUUGCCUGCAAUCUGCGGAUCUUGCUCCUAAACCAUCCUAUCUUUCUGCUUCGGCAUACCCCGCUACAAGUCUACUCCCCAUUCCAUCCUACUCCUUAUCCUCGAUCAGGCUGUUACAUCUUCACCCUAAAUCAUGCAAUCAACCACCAUCAUGGAGGAACACGAAGAGUCCGAGUAUCUCGAGGACUCCGAGGACUCUAGCGACAUCUCGGAUGGCCAGCCCGAAUGUAAUUACAUUUACCACGAUGACCUACCAAUCUUGCCAACCUGUUACGUGUAUGUCGCUAUACUACCAGGGGACGGCGUAUUGAAGCACUGGAUGCUUUACAUCGACGCUCCAACCUACACCGAAAAGCCCAUUAUCCACCUCGUCGGAUCCCCAGAUUCUUACCGAGUCGAAACACGAUUUUUGACAGACGAAGAUGAAGAUAGUUUCAUUGACCGUGUUAAUUUGUGUGAUAUUCCAAAUCGACAGGGAGUGUACGAUGCUAUUAUCAAUGCUGGAGAACGUGCACGCGUCAAUAACCAAGAUCCGAGCUAUAACUCUCAGGUCUAUAUUCUUAGGCUUUUGCGUGCAUUGGAAAGGCGACGCAUUGUCAGCAACAAAGAUUCAAAGUAUAAAGAGGCAAAGAAAAAAUUGAAGGGAAAACAGCAGAGGCCGAACGUUAUGCAGUGAAUGAAUGUUAGGUCGUUACUGCCUAGGGUGCUGAUGCGUUGCUGUUGGCGCCUUUCGUUUAGUAUGACUUUGCUUUUGAAAGGGUAUGCGUGAUGUGGAACAUCUCGUGCCUCUUUAUCUAGGAAUAUCAAUGGAAUCUUGGAUUUGUUUUCCAA